AUGGUUAAAGAUGGCCCACCACUUUUGCUUCGUCGCAAACGGCAGGAAUCCGACGCGGAAGACGGGACGGGGGCGGCACGCUCAGAUGGGCCUCCUAGACAACAAAGUAGGUGUGACCCUCCUCGACAUAGCUCUUAUGUACCGUCGCAAGAUUCCCUAAUACCGUCUACGUCUGCAAUGUCUCUAAAGUCUCAAAGAUACAAAAAACAAAUUCCAAAAGUGUUCCACCCCUACAUUUCAAGAAUAAAAGAUGUCAGGCUGGAUGGACAUUGUGGGUUUCGGGCGGCGACUGUGGGUUUAGGGUUUGAACAAGACUACUUUGGGUAUAUUCGAAACCAACUACUUGAAGAGCUGACAGGUCCGAACAAAGAAAUGUGGAAGUACGUCUUCGAUAGUGAAUUACUAGGGGACUACGACCAACAAGUACAGAGAAUAGAUUUUACCGGGGUUGGAAUGACACCCAGGGAACAUUGGAUGGAGAUGCCUCAAGCAGCACUCCUUCUUGCCAAUAGGUUUGGUGUGAUUGUUCACAUAUUAGACAUCCAAGGUUGUUCUACUGUAUUUCCCUUAUAUGAUCCAGAGCACGCGUGUGCCCCCCAUCAGUUCGUUUCACUGUUAUUUGUUAAUCAUAGUCAUUUCAUCCACGUCAGACUUGAAGGGGACUAUCCAAUGUCGCCACCGAACCUUACGUGGAGUAGACGCGCUCGUGUUGCGUCAGACGGCUCACCGAAAAUAUAG